GAUGAGGACAUGGCCCUGCAGCAGGAGGAGGAGGAUGACAUGGUGGAUGUGAUCUGGAGACAGCUGCUGUCUGCCUGUCCCUGGCUGGAGGAGCAGGGGAGGGGGUUCAGGGUGGGUAGUGGGGUGAUGGAGGGUCUGAUCCGGGUCUGGAGGAGGGUGGUGGACAGGAUCUUCAGUCUCUACAGGGUCUCCUGCGGUGCCUACUUCACCUUCCUCAAACUUAACGCUGGACAGGUUCCCAUCGAUGAGGAUGACCCCAAGCUGCUGCUGACCAAUCAGAACAGCAAGCAGAGUAACGACGAUAUCAUCGUCAUGGCGACGCUGCGGUUGCUACGGCUGCUGGUGAAGCACGCCGGGGAGCUGAGGGAGGGGCUUGAGCUUGGGCUCGCCUCAACCCCCACCGCCCCCUGGAGAGGCAUCAUCCCCCAGCUGUUCUCUCGUCUGAACCAUCCAGAGGCUUACAUCAGACAGAGUAUCUGUAGUCUGCUGUGUCGCGUUGCCCAGGACUCACCACACCUCAUCCUGUACCCUGCUAUAGUCGGAUCACUGUCUCUGGGAGGAGAGGCCCAGCACGCAGGAAACAAGCUCCCGUCGGCCCUGCCCACCUUCCUGGGCAGCAUGCAGGGGGAGGGGCUGUGUGAGGAAGGGGAGGGGACACUGGGCAGUAACCCCGCCUCCCAGGAGGAAGAUGGGCGGGGUGAGGAGUUUCCUGCACUGUGUUCCAGCCAGGACCAGGCCAUGAUGCAUGACUGCUACAGCAAGAUAGUGGACAAGCUGUCUGCAGCCAACCCCACUAUGGUGUUACAGGUCCAGAUGCUAGUAGGAGAGCUGCGGCGCGUGACUCUGCUGUGGGAUGAGUUGUGGCUGGGCGUCCUGCAGCAGCAACACAUGCACGUCCUGCGCAGGAUCCAACAGCUGGAGGACGAGGUCAAGAGAGUACAGAACAACAACACUCUACGCAAGGAGGAGAAGGUGGCCAUCAUGUGUGAGAAGCACUCCGCUCUGAUGCGUCCCGUGGUGUUCGCUCUGGACCACGUGAGGAGCAUCACCACGACGCCUGCCGAGACCCCCCACGAGACCUGGUUCCAGCAGACCUACGGGGACGCCAUCACCUCGGCCCUGGAGAGACUGAAGAGCCCUCACAACCCGGCCAACCCAGCCAGCAGCUGGGUCCCGUUCAAACAGAUCAUGCUGAGUCUCCAGCAGAGGGCUCAGAAGAGGACCAGCUAUCUGCUGCGUCUGGACCACAUCAGCCCCCGCCUGGCUGCCAUGGCGACCACUGAGAUGGCGUUGCCGGGCGAGGUGUCGGCAACGGACGCGUUGACCAUCCAAAGUGUUGGCAACACCAUCACCAUCCUGCCGACCAAGACCAAACCCAAGAAACUACACUUCCUGGGCUCCGACGGACGCAACUACCCUUACCUCUUCAAAGGUCUGGAGGACCUCCACCUAGAUGAGCGAAUCAUGCAGUUCCUUUCCAUAGUCAACACCAUGUUCACCAAGGUGAACCAGCAGGAACGCCCCCAUUUCCACGCACGCCACUACUCCGUCACCCCGCUGGGGACGCGCUCAGGACUCAUCCAAUGGGUGGACGGCGCCACGCCGCUCUUCGGCCUCUACAAGCGCUGGCAGCAGAGAGAGGCCGUGCUGCAGGCUCAGAAGGCCCAGGAUUCGUUCCAGCAGCAGCCCCAGCCCCUCCCUCUGGUUCCACGGCCCAGUGAGCUCUACUACAGCAAGAUAGGCCCCGCCCUGAAGGGGGUGGGGCUCAGCCUGGAUGUUUCGCGGCGCGAUUGGCCGCUCAGCGUGAUGAGGGAUGUGCUUAAGGAGCUGAUGGCGUCCACGCCCCCGAACCUACUGGCCAAAGAGCUGUGGUGCUCCUGUACCACGUCUAGCGAGUGGUGGAGGGUCACACAGUCCUACGCCAGGUCCACUGCUGUGAUGUCUAUGGUGGGCUACAUCAUCGGCCUCGGCGACCGUCACCUUGACAACGUGCUGAUUGACAUGACGACGGGAGAGGUGGUGCACAUCGACUACAACGUCUGCUUCGAGAAAGGGAAGAGCCUGCGUGUACCAGAGAAAGUGCCGUUCCGUAUGACCCACAACAUCGAGACGGCCCUGGGAGUCACUGGGGUGGAGGGCAUCUUCAGACUGUCCUGUGAACAGGUGAUUCAGAUGAUGCGUCGUGGGCGGGAGACGCUGCUGACCCUGCUGGAGGCGUUUGUGUACGACCCUCUGGUGGACUGGACGGCCGGGGGGGAGGUGGGCUUCGCCGGGGCCGUGUACGGAGGGGGGGGGCAGCAGGCGGAGAACAAGCAGAGCAAGAGGGAGAUGGAGAGAGACAUCACACGCUCCCUCUUCUCCUCCCGCGUGGCUGAGAUCAAGGUGAACUGGUUUAAGAACCGUGAGGAGAUGUUGGGGGUCCUGCCCCAGGUGGAGGGGGCAGUGGAGGAGUACCUCACCCUGCAGAAGCUGCUCUCUCGGGACAAGAUGACCACCAAGAUCCUGGAGGAAAUGAGCUUCCUGGAGGCUGAGAGCUGCUCAGACCACCUCAUACUCACCCUGGAACACAGGUACUCUGAGCACACCCAGCUAGCAUCUCGUCAGCGUACCGUCCAGGAGUUGAUCCAGGGGAAGCAGGGUGACCUGGACCAGUGGAUGUCCCAGUACCAAGCAGCCUUCAGCAGCCUGGAGGCCACACAGCUGGCCAGUCUACUGCAGGACAUCAGCUGUCAUAUAGACCUGGGUCCUCCCAGCUACGUCCCGGCCACAGCCUUCCUGCAGAACGCCGGCCAAGCCCACCUAAUCAGCCAGUGCGAGGGCCUGGAGGCUGAGUUGGGCUCCCUGCUGCAGCAGCGCCGUGGGGCCCUGCGAGGCUGUCUGGAGCAGCUGCACAGCUAUGCCACUGUGGCUCUGCUGUACCCGCGAGCCGUGCUGCUGCGCCACAGGGCCCACCUCUGGAAACAGUGGCUGGAAGAGCUGCUCUGUGACAUGACUGUUGACCACUGCCAGCAGAUCUCCAGACAGUAUGAGGUCCAGUUUGCCCCCCAGCCUCCCCUUGCGUCGUGCCAGUUCCUGUCCAGCGUUGAGCUGGCCCUGCAGCACCAGGCCUCAGAGACCAACACGCGUGUCCUGCGCCAGGCGGAGCGUGUCAAGGCCGAGGGAGCCACGGUCCACGCGUGUGAAGAACAGCUGCAGGAGAUCGAGCGUUGCAUCAGUGUGUUCCUCCUAGAGAACCCAGAGCAGGGCUCUCUCAGCCUGGCCACCAUCAUCUCAUCAGCCCUCUGCACCCUCACCAGGCGUAACCUGGUGAUGGAAGGGGCGGCGGCGGCGGCGGGGGGGCAGCUGGUAGAGUUGACGUCUCGCGACGGGGCCUGGUUCCUGGAGGAGCUGUGUUCCAUGAGCGGUAAUAUCACUUCAUUGGUCCAGCUGCUGGGGCAGUGUCAGCUCCUCCCACACGACCUGGACCUGCCCUCGCCGCAGGAGACCGCCCAGACCGUCUACCUGGCCAACGCCGUCUACACCUGUCUACAGGAGCUGAACACUAACUUCCGUCAGAUCAUCUUCCCGGAGGCUCUACGCUGCAUGUUGAAGGGCGAGGCCACCCUGGAGACCAUGCUGUCGGAGCUGGACCUCUUAGUGGAGCAGUGUGCAGACGGGGUCUCCCUGCAGGGGCUGGCCGACGCCCUGCACACACACCUCCGCAGCGCCGCCAUGGGCCUGGAGCACGAGGCGGACACACAGUGUCUCCACAUCACCAGGAUGUUGCGGGCCCAGUACUGCCAGCUGAUGCAGCCUCCAGGGGCCGGUAUGGACGCCGUGGGACAGGACUCUCCUAAGAUGUCCGCCGGUCAGAUGCUGCUGGUGGCCUUCGAUGGCAUGUUUGCUCAGCUAGAGACCGCCUUCGGGCAGCUCACAGAGAAGAUGAUUUCCAUGGAGGUGCCGCCGGCGUGGCGGAAGGUGGAUGUGAUGCGUGAGGCGCGGGCGGCCCAGGUCCAUUUCUUCCACAGCGGUCCUCACAGACAUGUUCUGGAGGAGAUCUUCUUCCUCAAGAGACUCCAAACCAUCAGGGAGUUUUUCAGGCUCUGUGGAUCCUUCGCUCAGACACUCUCUGGUACGUGCCCCCCAGUGUCUGAGGACCCUCCUCCCUCCAACGGCCCAGUAGUGGGUCUGGGGGGUGUAGGUCUACCAGGGAAGCCCGUGUUCCGGGGGGCGGCGGCGGCGGUGGUAGUGAGCGAGGAGCAGAUGACCCGGCCCAUCAAGGCGUUCACAGCAGAGUUUGUCCGUCAGAUGCUGAUUGGUCUUCCCACCCAGACCCUGGGUCUGUCUCUCUGCAGCACUCUGUCCGCCCUGGGUCUGGAUCUCACCGCGCAGGUGGAGGCCAAGGACUUCGGAGCCGACGGCAAGGUGUCGCUGGAUGAGUUGUGUAAGCAGACGGUGGUGCAGGGUCUGGGCGCAGGCCGUAUGUCUCAGCUGCUACUGAACAGAGGCACGGUGCUGGCGUCCUCCUACGACACGGCCUGGAAGAAACUGGACCUGCUCAGACGCCUGGAGACCAGCCUGGACGCUGCCAAGGUCUCCCUGCAACGCACCCAGCUACACAUCACCAUGUUCCAGUGGCAGCAUGAGGACGUGCUCGGCCCUAGGACCCAGCCGAUGAGUGUGAGCCCUCCUCCUCGCUCCAUCAUCCUCAGUAGCAUGAAGAAGAAGCUUUACAAACUCAGCCAGGACGAGGCGGCCAUCGCUGCUGUCCAGGAGAAGCUGGCAUCACUAGAGGGCAGUAUAGAGCAGCGUCUGAAGUGGGCCGGAGGGGCCAACCCUGCCCUGGCCCCGGUGCUCCAGGACUUUGAUCUGACCAUCGCAGAGCGCCGCGCCCUCGUGGCCCGGGAGAGCCAGCGUACCAGCCAGGUACACCACUCACGCUGCCCACCUUCUGG